AUGGCCGUUUGUUCUGCUUCUGUUUGUCCGGUGACGACGGGGAACUUCCGCUACACGCCGGGCAGCCGCCGCGUGUCUGCUCGUCGGAGAUUCGCAGUCCGGGGCUUAUACCCUCCGGAACCAGAAAUUUAUCGAGGCCCCAAGCUAAAAGUAGCCAUAAUUGGAGCUGGGCUUGCCGGCAUGUCCACUGCCGUUGAGCUUCUAGAUCAAGGGCAUGAGGUGGACAUUUACGAGUCGAGGCCUAUUAUUGGUGGUAAAGUGGGUUCUUUUAUGGACAAAAGGGGAAACCACAUUGAGAUGGGACUCCAUGUUUUCUUUGGUUGCUAUAAUAACCUCUUUCGCUUGCUGAAAAAGGUUGGUGCUGAUAAAAAUCUGUUAGUGAAGGAUCAUACUCACAGUUUCAUCAAUAAAGGAGGUCAACUAGGGGAACUUGAUUUUCGCCUCCCAAUCGGAGCUCCAAUACAUGGGAUUCAUGCAUUUUUAACGACAAGUCAGCUCAAGACUUAUGACGUAGCAAGAAAUGCUUUGGCUCUCGCUCUUAGUCCUGUUGUAAGGGCGAUUAUUGAUCCAGAUGGCGCCAUGAGAGAUGUGCGGAAUCUAGAUAAUGUGGGUUGCAGUUGCUUAUUACUUUAUCCCUUUCUUUUUUAUAUUAUCCUCUUCCCUGUAAGCUUCUCUGACUGGUUCUUGUCCAGAGGUGGGACCCGCACGAGCAUUCAGAGGAUGUGGGACCCUGUUGCUUAUGCCUUAGGGUUCAUCGACUGUGACAACAUUAGUGCUCGUUGUAUGCUUACUAUAUUUACACUUUUCGCCACAAAAACCGAGGCUUCUCUUCUACGCAUGCUUAAGGGCUCUCCAGAUGUUUAUUUGAGUGGUCCCAUAAAAAAAUAUAUCAUGGAUAGGGGAGGCAGGUUCCAUUUAAGGUGGGGUUGCAGAGAAAUUUUAUAUGAUAAAUCUUCUGAUGGAGAAGUGUACGUAACCGGGCUUGCAAUGUCCAAGGCUACUCAAAGGAAGACGGUAACUGCCGAUGCAUAUGUAGCAGCUUGCGAUGUUCCCGGUAUUAAAAGAUUGCUUCCACGGAAAUGGAGGGAGUUUGAAUUCUUUGAUAAAAUUCAUGGAUUAGUUGGUGUCCCAGUUGUCACGGUUCAGUUGCGGUAUAAUGGCUGGGUUACUGAGUUAAAGGACUUGGAAAAUGCACGGCAAUUAAAGCGAGCAACGGGUUUGGAUAAUCUGCUUUACACUCCAGAUGCAGAUUUCUCUUGCUUUGCAGACCUUGCACUCACAUCACCCGAAGAUUAUUACCUUGAGGGCCAAGGCUCAUUGCUUCAAUGUGUGCUAACUCCCGGGGACCCGUACAUGCCUUUACCAAAUGAUGAGAUAGUGAAGCGAGUUUCGAAGCAGGUUGUGGAUCUCUUUCCAUCCUCCCGAGAUUUGACAGUUACAUGGUCAUCAGUUGUCAAAAUCGGACAAUCUUUGUACCGCGAAGGGCCCGGUAAAGACCCGUUGAGGCCCGAUCAGAAGACACCUGUCAAAAACUUCUUCCUUGCUGGCUCUUAUACAAAACAGGAUUAUAUAGACAGUAUGGAAGGAGCUACUCUGUCUGGCAGGCAUGCUUCUGCUUAUAUAUGUGAUGCAGGAGAAGAUUUGGCUGCCUUACGCGAAGAUCGUGCAAUAUUUUUGCCGUCUGAUCAACUUACACUCGUCCAAUAAUUGUCUAACUAGGCAAAAACUAAAGAACUAUGUCGAUAUAGCACCAAAUUUGAUACAUAGCUCAUCAGGUAAAAACUUGAAAAAUGCAAUUGUGGUUAAUUAUACUUCCCCUCGAUGAAAUCUUGAAAAUAUAUCGAUCUAUGAAGUGUAGACACUGUCAGGUUUUUUACGUGAUUGGUUAAAGAGGAACUUCAAGAACCGGCCUUUGAACAAUGUUUUCUACAUUUUUAACAUCGGUUGAUAGAGUUAGUGUUUCGUUUGUGAUUAUGCUCGAUUAAGGGAGAAAAAAUGUGGGGACUUUCAAAGGUAUAAGAUGAUUUACGAUGUUUCCUUUUGUGUGCAUUCGAAUGUGAAAGUAAGCAUGAUAGUUAAUAGAAAUGAAAAAAGACAAAAAAUAAAAUAUAUAUAUAUGAAAAAAAAAAAAUGGAUUGAAUAUGCACAAUAGCUAAUGGAUUUUACAAAACCACAGCCUAAACACAGUCAAUUUUCUUUUGUUGGUGAUAUCAUUUGUUUUGGCACACGUUUAAUUAAGAUAUGUAUGUAGUAAUUUCCAAUUCAGCUCGAUGUCAUGUACUUCGUACUAUAAAAUAUGUGUCUGAAAUUUUGAAAAAUCCUUCAUUUGAACAAAACAUUUUCCUUUAUCCCUUUAUUUGGUGAUAUACGAAUUGGGGCAUUUGAAUAUGCUUGGAUAUUCCUUUGUAUAGGGGUGUGUGGUCUUUCCAAGUUUCACUGAAGAAUAUUCUUUCCACAUCAAAUUUAUUUUGUCUGGACUAUGUAUAUGAAUUGUAAAAUGAAGAUGAAUCGCAAAGAAAAAGAAAAGGUAAAAUUCUGGAAUCAUCCAACUAUACUUGUUUAAUUACCCUGUUUUGUUGCAAAUUUUUUAAGUGGA